AUGACUGCUACGCAUACGGGCCAGCCCUGCAAGCGGUGCAAGGUUGAGAAUGCGCCAUACAAGUUGCGAAAUCUCGCGACCUGCCGGUAUUGCCCCUCGAUGACCUCUGUCACUUCGUAUCACGAACCAGACUGCUAUAUCGAGCAUGUCUCCGGCAAGGUCCGCAAAAAUCUAGGAACCAUGCACAAGGAAAUUCGCACAUCCGCGGAGCUCACACCACGGAGGUACCUCGCUGGCCUCUCGUUUGGCGUCUCGUCGACCUGCCUCACGCAGAUGCUCAAUGACAGCGCCCAGCACCACGCCGGCAAGCAGUCAUCCAGUGCUUUUGAGCCGCUCAUUGUCCACAUAGACACAGACCUAGCCGCCGCGCCAGCCGAGAGCCACGACACGCCCGCGCAGCGACUCCUGGCCAAGUACCGCGCGAGGUACCCGCACAUCUCGUUUGACUGCGUGCAUCUGAGCAAAGCCAUAGCGCUCCGUACUGUGGACUGGUCGACGCUGCUUCCUUUAUAUAAGACGCUAGACACCGCCGAGGACGGUGCGAGCGACGUAGAGAAGCUGCGCCGCCUAUUUGACGCCCUGCCCUCAGUCACGUCCCGCGCCGACGUGCUGCGGCAGCUUGUCCGCCAUCUCCUCAUCGACACGGCCCGCGCGCGCGGCUACUCGGUGGUACUUCUCGGGCAUAGCACGUCGGCCCUGGCCGCGCUGACCCUCGCCGAGGUGGCCAACGGUCGCGGCUUUUCCGUCCCGGGGCAGGUCGGCGACGGCGUGCAGACGGUGUGUGAGUACGACGAUGCCGGCCGCGAAACGGCGCGCGUCAUGUUCCCCGUUUAUUACCCGCUGCGCGAGGUCCUCAAGAACGAGCUCGUCGGGUACGUGGAUCUGAUCCCAGUACUGGCCGAGAUGAAGCGGCAGGGCGAGGUGGAUGGCGUCGCCGGCCGCAGCAGCCACUCCGUCGUCUCACACAGAGAUGUUAGCAUCGAGGAGGUCAUGCAGCGCUACUUUGAUGGCGUUGAGGGCCCCUACUCUGGCAUCGUCGCCAAUGUUGUCCGCACCACGGGCAAGCUGGACCGCGUGGCGGGCGGUGCCUUUUGCCGCCUCUGCGGCAUGACGCUCGACGAGUCGGGCGACGACCGCUGGGCCGGCGACUUGGGCCAGGAUUCCGGUGACUCGGCAGCCGAUCAUCACAAGGGAAAGCUGUGCUAUGGCUGUCGACGGUCUGUCAGUGGCUGA